AUGACCGAUCAAGGACUUACUGAGCCUCUUCUUAAUAAUUAAUGCGAUAAGAUAUAAGUUGGUGAAGAAAUCGAAGGAAGUACUACACUAUUUAUUUUGACAAGAAGUGGAAAUCUUUUAAACUAUUCAGAGGGGAAGCUUACACUUUGGAGUUUGCUUAGCAAAAAGAUUGUACACAGCGAAGAAUUGAAAGGAAUAACUGUUAUUUACGAAAGUCCAAAAGGAACAAACCUAUUCAUUGGAUAUAAUAAUGGUACGCUUGAAAGUCGAGAUCCAAAUACUUAAUAAGUACUUUAAUAAAUUUAUCUAAAAAGCGGUGUAAAAGCACUUAAAUCUGAUGAAAAAAAUUUGUAUGUAAGUCUGAGAAACGGCAAGGUUUUAUAGUUCCCCUCUAAAAAUAUUUCAAGAUCUAGUUAGAAGAUAAUAAGAUCAAUAGACAGAGGGUAACCCAUUACUCAUCUUAAGUUAUCAAGAGAUGAGACAUUUUUAAUAGGAUAUGUUGACAUUGAUUAAGUCGAAAUGCUCUUCAUAUAUAAUACUAUUAAGUCAGAAGAGUCUUGGUAAACUAAACUUGACUUAUCUCCUGGUGUGCUUAGAGAAGACCCCAACAAGUUAUUUGUCAUUUCUGAAGACUGCUUGAACAUUUUUAUAAGAGGAGAAAAUAAUAAAGGGGUGUGCAUGUUUUCCUUGUUUGAUGGCUCAGUAGUCUAGAAUAUGACCUCUAUGCAUACUAACUAUAUUAACGAAAUAGUUGUAACAAAGGAUUCUAAGAAAGUUAUAACUUGCUCCAGAGAUAGAAAGAUUAAGAUAUGGGAUUGGAUUCAACAAGAAUGCUUGGCAACAAUGAUUCUUCACGAAGAUAGUGUUGAGUCAAUAGUUUUAUCAGAUGAUGAAACAUUACUUUUUUCUGGAUCACACGAUAAAAUUGUAAAUAUUUGGUCCAUGCAUGAUUACCUCUUCCUUGCAAAACUAUAAACUAAAUUACAAAUAAGAUCUCUUCACUUAAGUGAUGAUAAUGAUAUUCUAUUGGCGAGUAGUAAAGAUCAUCCAAUUCAGGCAUAUUGGAUCUUGGAAGAUAAUGCGGAUGCAUUGAGAAUCAGAGUUGAAUUAAAAAAUGUUUCAAAUUGCUACGUAACUCCAAAUAAUGAAUUCUUGGUGACAAUGAUUGGCAAUUCAUCUUUAAAGAUUUGGAACCUAAAGAGUAGAUAAUUAAUUGAAUCACACAAAAUUAAUUGCGAAUUUGCAUAUAAUCUUAGAGCAUUGAACGGCACUAGAGACUCUGAGUACAUUUUCUUUUAAAAAGAAUAAAGUGAACUUUUGUAAUGGUCCUGUUCUUAAUAAUAAUAAAUCCAUACAUUUAAUCAUGUAGGCUAAGUACAAGACGUGGUUAUCACUAAAGAUGAUAAAAUUAUGUAUACAUUAAUUUACAGAAACAUCUACAAGUGGGAUUUGUAAUCUAAAUAAGAACUCUUAAGAUUUUCCAAGGAAGAUGGUUAUUAUCUCUAUCUUAUUCUCUCACAUGAUGAAUAACGCUUAUAUGCAAAUGUAUUAGGGCCACAUAUUUAUGAAUAUGAUCUCAGUCUUGAUGAAAAUUAGGAAUAUAAGAAGCUUGACAUCCUUAAUGACGCAGGUUGGCUCUAUUAUGAGCUAUCUCCAGAUGGCUUUACCGUCAUUCAGACUAAUUAAUAUAAUGGCUCAUUCUGGGUAUGCAAUAUAAUAGAGGGCAAAAUACUAAGAAUUCUAAACAAACAUUCAGAAAGAUUAAACUUUGUUGGCUUUACAAAGGAUGGUAAAUACUUGAUCACAAGGUCAAAAUCCGAGUCAAUUAUCUGGGAAACAACUGAUUGGAAAGUUCUUAUUACUAUAUAAGAAGAAUUUGGAGUUGUGACUUCAAGUUCAAGAUACGUUCAAGCAAUUAUUCAUGACGGUCUUUACAAAUAGUGGUCCGAUUAGAUUCUUUCAAGUUUCUCUGAUGAUUAUGCCAUUACAAGCACUGAAUAAGGAGAAAAAGUAACUCAAACUGCUUAAGAAGUAAAUGAAUCUGAUAUAAAAAUUACAGGAAAAUUUAACAAUCUGAUGAAAAUUUUUAUUGGUAAUGUCGGUAAAAAGAAUCUUGAUGAGAAAAAAUAUCUUCCUUUUCUCUAUAAAAGUUAAAUACAGCCAUUUAAGACAACACUUGUUCAUUUCUAUGCUUAUUAUAAUUAGGCUGAAUUCGUCCAAAAACUAUUGAGGAUGGGUAGUCCUUUUAUUGAGGAUUACAAUGAAAAUACUCCUUUAGAUUAUGCCAUACAAAAAAAAUCAUAUGAGACAGCAACAAUUAUUCUAGAAUAUUUCAUGAAGAGGUCUCAUCUCUAUGAUAAAUUAUCUGAAGAAAAAUUAAUCAAGUUAAUUAAAUUUGCUCCUUCAAAUCUAAAGGAAUUCUUUGAUUCAUCUGUGAAAGAAUAAGUAGCUCAGUAUCUUCCCUCAUUUGGAACCUUUGUUAGCGACCCUAUAAAAUAUCAUAACUCUUAAACUAACUUUAUCACUGUUUCUGAUGCUAAGAACAUGAUAUUAGAAGUUAAAGGAAAUGAUGAGCCUUUAGUAUUCAAGAGCAUUCAAAUCUAAUUUAAUAUGCAGCCAGGCUCUAUAUCUAGCAUCAAUUUUCAUAGAACUCUUUAAGAAAUUGAACUUUCAGCACUUAGAUCAGAAACAAUUUAAGCUUUGUUGGCAUAUAAAUGGGACUUGAUCAAGAAAAUAGUCUUUACAAACGGCUUAAUUUAUCUUUUCUAUAUGCUAGUAUUAUUUGCAUUCAUCUAAACCUAUAACGAAAUUUAUCUAUAUUUCUUAAUUGCAUUUGGUUUCUAUUUCAUGUGCUUUGAGAUUCUUUAAAUUUACUUGAACCAAUUGAAAUACCUUAGUGACUUUUGGAAUUUAUUCGAUUUUUUUAGAGUUCUUUUCCUAGUCAUUUUUAUCUUUAAAGCUUUCUGCUAAGAAGAAUGGUACAAAAGCUAAUCAAUGUUGUAACUUCUAAGCGCUCUUAAUUUCUUAUCUUGGGUUAGAGCUUUAUCCUUCUUGCGACUAAUUUAAAAGACAAGAAUUUUCAUUAGACUCUUAGAAUAGGUAAUCUAUGAUAUGAUACCUUUCAUGAUUGUUUUGAUUGGUGCAGUUUUAGGAAUAUCGCUAAGUUUUGAAGUGCUUAAUAACAUCAGUCUUGUUGAUGCUUUAAAACAUAAUUACAGACUUACAUUCGGAGAUUUUGACACUGAUAAUUACACAAAUGCUAACUGGUUUCUAUUUAUUAUUGGUUCAGUAUUAAUACCAUUGAUUAUGCUAAAUAUGUUAGUUGCAAUAAUGUCUGAUACCUAUGCCAGAGUUAUGUCUGACAUACUUCCAUCAGAUUUCCAUGAACUUAAUUAAAUGAUCCUUGAGCAAGAGGAAAUUCAAUUUUGGAAUAGAAAAAAGGGUAAAAGUGGUUUUCUUCACUAUGUAACACCACUUUUAAAAAAAGAAGGAAAUGAUUGGGAAGGUUAAAUCUAAAAAAUUAUCACAAUGCUCUAGUAAUAAAAUGGUUAAUCUCCAUAAGUGCUUAAUAAAACCUCAGAUAAAAUUGACCUAAUCAUUGAAAGUCAAAAGAUUUAAUUGAGAGACACAACUCUUAAAUUUGAUGAGCAAAAGAAAAGAUUUGAUCGGAUUUAGUAAGAACUUGACGUAAUCAUUCCUAAGCAAAAAAAGGAAAAAUCAUUAUAGGAGGAAGAAGAAGAAGAGGAUAGCGAUGCUGAGUUCUUUGAUGAAGACUAUUUAAAAGAAUAGUUAAUAAAUUCAUAAACUUUCUUCUAAGAAACUAGUAUAGAUGUAAAAGCAUUUGUCAAUAGGAGUUGGUUCAAAUAUCAUCCAAAUAAAUCAGGGAAAUUGAAUAAAUAAGAUUCUUUGAGAGCAAUAAAAGAUUUUUAUCAACAAAUAGAUGAUUUAACUUUGGAUGAAUCACAAAUUGAGGAAGUGUUCUAGAAAACAGAUCUUAACGGCGAUUAACUUUUGACUAAAACAGAGAUUUAUUUAAUGUUAAUGAGACUAUUAGGUUUAAAUGAAGAAGUAGAGGUAGAAAUAAGUUUGAUAAACUAAAGAAAAUGCCCUAAAGAUGCCUUCACAAGGUUCCUUGAGCCUCAAUAAAGGGAAAUAUUUGAAAAAAUAUGGAUUAAAUAUGACAGUGAUAAAAAAGGAUAUAUCGAUUCAAGCUCAGGAACUUAAUUAAUCAAAGAAUAUAGCAAAAGAACUCUAAGCUAUGAAGACUUAGCUAAUCUUCUAAAAUCUCUUGACAAGGAUAGCGAUGGGAGAAUAUCAAAAGAAGAAUUGCAAAAUUUUAUUGCAGAAAACAAAUAUUUACUGAAUGAAUACUGA